UUACAAGGUUUCACAAUGAGAGCCGUUUUAGUUAAGACUUCACCGACCAUAUACAUAAACGAAAUUGGUGAAUUAGACGGGUUAUUAGGUAGAAUGUUACGGGAACUUUGUGUUAAUUUGAAUUUUAGUUUUAAAGUUGUCUCAGAAGUAGAAACGUACGGAAGAUGGAAUCCGGAAGAAAACAGGUGGACCGGUGCAAUUGGUGAAUUGAAUUCUGGACGUGCCGAUAUUUGUUUUUCUGGUUUUUCCAUGACAAAUGCCAGAUUGAAUGCCGUUGACUUCACGUUUCCUCUUGUCGAUUCAAGAAUCUUUCUUUACAUACGCGAACCAGAUUUAUUCGUGUUCAAAUGGUCAUCUUAUUUUUCAGUACGAUAA